AUGGAGGGACUGUUGUUCAAUAUCGAUAGUGGCUACGCAGAGGCGCUAGUGCGCGGCUUCCGCAGUGGCCUGAUUAGUUCCAGCCAGUAUACGAAUAUGACGCAGUGUGAGACACUGGAGGACCUGAAAUUGCAGCUAUCUGCGACCGAGUACGGUAAUUUUCUCGGAAACGUUCCUUCGCCGCUGCCAACAUCUGCCUUUCAGGACAAGGCAGCUCAGCGGCUAGUGUCUCAAUUCCGCUACAUUCAGACUACCGCAGUAGAGCCAUUGUCCACGCUUCUUGACUAUAUUACUUACGGCUACAUGAUUGAUAACGUGGUUCUGCUUAUUUCAGGCACGGUGCACAGCCGGGAUCGCGGUGAGCUUCUCGAACGGUGCCAGCCAUUAGGUUGGUUCGACACUCUGCCGGCUCUGAGUGUUGCCACGGAUGUACAGGGCCUGUACGACACUGUUCUUGUUGACACCCCCUUAGCGCCCUACUUCAAAACCUGCCUGAGCUCGGCUAACGAGCUUACAGACAUGAAUGUUGAAAUCAUUCGGAACCGGCUUUGCAAGGCUUACCUUGAGGAUUUCGCAGAGUUCAGCAAAACCUUGCCGUCCCCCAGUAACGAAAUCAUGCUCCGAUUCCUUGAAUUUGAAGCUGACCGCCGAACUAUCAACAUCGCCUUCAACUCCAUUGGCACAGAAUUGUCUCGCGAGGAGCGCGAGUCCUUAAUGCCUGCUCUCGGUUCGCUUUACCCCGUUGCCACCAGCCAUUUGGUUAGGACUGACGAGCCCGAGCAAGUGCGCAAUAUCAUCGAGACGUUCGGUCCUAUCGAGUUGGCAUCUUUGUUCGAUAACUCCAAUCAGAAAAGCCUUGAGGACCAUUUCUAUCUCCGUGAAAUGGAGCUUUGCCGCGACGCGUUUACCCAGCAAUUCACAUACGCUACAUUCUACGCCUGGCUAAGGGCCGCGGAGCAAGAAGUUCGUAAUAUCACAUGGAUUGCCGAAUGCAUUGCCCAGAACCAAAAGACUCGAAUCAAUAAUUAUAUUUCAGUGUUUUAG